AUGGGGCUUUUUGAGCCCAAAGUCUCUGGCAAUCAUGCCAAUGCCAUUUGUUCUAAGCUGGGAUUCCCGAACUGGAUCCGAGUGGAGGCUUUUGGCUAUAGUGGAGGAAUCUGGGUAUUUUGGAAGGACUCGAUUCACGUUUCAGUUUUUUUCACCCAUCCCCAGUUCCUCCUUUUGCAGAUUACAGAAGCGGGAAAGCCGCCGUGGUUCUUUGCCCCGGUUUACGGCAGUCCUGUCCACCAUCUCAGACGCCGGCUUUGGAAAUAUCUCAAUCAGACCAACAGGAAUAUAUCUGGGCCAUGGUUAGUGGCAGGGGAUUUCAACACGGUUACUCACCGGGACGAGACGCUGAACUACCUUUCAUACUCGUCCCAGAGGAGCUCCGACUUUGUGAAUUGGAUCCAGGAUGAGGGGCUAAUUGAUCUGGGUUUUGCUGGGCCCAAACUCACUUGGGUCAAAGAUGGGGCGUCAGACCAUAUUAAGGGCGCACGGUUGGAUCGGGCUAUGUGUAACAUCAGCUGGCGUCUAAAAUACCCGGACGUCUGUGUUACCCAUCUUCCCCGUUUCGCUUCGGAUCAUGCCCCGAUUUUAAUUAACUUGGAAAAGAGAGCUCAACCUCUUUCACCUGCUUGUUUUUUGUUUCAGGCAGCCUGGACUACACACCCAGAUUGGCAGAAUGUGGUGACUCAGACAUGGAGUCAUGAGAAAGAUCUCCAGAAUAACCUGCAAGAUCUUGCUAGCAAAUUAACUGGUUGGAACAAGACGGUCUUUGGGAACAUUUUCAAACGGAAAAGAGAGCUGCUGGCACGGUUGGGGGGUAUCCAGAGAAGGCUUGAAAUCACAUACCACCGGGGCUUAGCAAGUUUGCAAAGGAAGCUAACCAUACAACUAGAAGAUGUUCUGUACCAGGAAGAGCUGAUGUGGUUCCAACAGUCUAGGGAAUAA